AUGUCCACUCAACCACCCACAAACUCCGCUCUGGCUCUCUCCCUCCUCACCUCCCUCGGUGGCGCAAUCGGAUACGCCCGCACAGGCUCAAUCCCCUCAAUCGCAGCCGGACUCUCCGUCGGAGCCCUCUACGCGCUCGCAUUCUUCCGUCUCCGUUCCGGUGAACUUUACGGUGAAGAGCUGGGUCUUCUUGCUUCUACUGUUCUCGGUGGAAGCUCUAUUCCUCGUGCGAUUAAGACCGGUGGAAAGGCUGUGCCGGUUGGUCUGUCUAUUUUGGCUACUUAUGGAAUCGUUGUCUUUGGACUUGCUUGGAAGAGUAAGCGGGCUUAG